GUUUUCUAGUCACGAGUGGAAAGAAUAUUAUGGGUGUUCAUGUCGAGCUCGUAAACAAAUACCCAGCCGUAAAAAUACUCACCUCCAUUGACGAGUAAUGGAAGAUACACAGUUUACGGCUGGGUAUUCGUAUACGAGCUCGAUGUGAAGACCCCUAUUGUUGAUAACUCGUAAAAAGGAAUUGUUUUGUUUUGUGUACCUUGGCUUUGUAAGCGAAAUGGAGAAAUUCAGACCAAUAAAGAUAGAAGAGCUGAUGUUAUUCGACGCUGUGCCUGCGGAAAAGAAAACUUCAGUCGAUAUCAGCGAUCGGUCCCGCGGGGAAACGUCUGUAACGAACGCCGUGAUUGAAGGCUCAACUGCUAUGAAUCCAAAACCGACAACAAAUACCACUGAUGAGAUUGUGACUACUGCAGCUUAUAAGAAAGUUAAAGCUUCUCGCACCAGUUGGAAACCUGGGAAGCGCCCUAGGAAACGAUGUUUUGCAUGUGAAAUCUGCAACAUAACAGUCAGCACACCUGAACGUUUGCAUCACCACAUGAGUGCUCAUACAGGAGACCGGAACUUCCAGUGUGACAUAUGCGGACAACGUUUUGUCCUUAAAACAAACUUAUCGGUUCACAUGAACAUACACCGUACAGAUUGCCCGUAUAAGUGCCCGAAUUGCGAUAGAAAAUUAGAAACCUAUGCUCUUCUCGUAGAUCAUAGGCGCAUUCACAGCGAUGAGCGGCCCUUCGUAUGCGAGAUCUGUAACGCAUGUUACAAGCGACCUAAGGCUUUAAAGCGUCAUAUGCGGAAGAUCCACGAGGUCGAUCCCUAUCCACGAAACGUGGAAAGUUUGGAGCCAACUCGGACUGAUAACAACCGAACACACAACUGCGACAUAUGCGGCAAACAGUACAUAGAAAAGAGAUCACUUCGAUUGCAUCUGCUGCAUCAUCAGAGCACUGUUUUACCUCAGUGCGAAAUUUGCAAUAAAGGCUUCCGCUCCGUUUACAUUCUGAAGAAACAUCAGAAAACACACGAAACAAAACUCAGCUGCGAUGUGUGUGACAAAACGUUCACCAGAGUGUUCGCGCUAAAUGUUCAUAAGGGUCGUCAUGGAGGAGAGAGGAAACUGAAAUGUGAAAUAUGUGGCAAAGCGUUUUUCCAUAGGACACCAUUAGGGAAACAUCUUAAAACUCACAGCGGAAAGCUGCCCCAGUUUGUGAUUAAUGAAAAAUAAAUCAUGAUAUAACUAAGCUGAAAGUUUGUAAAUACAUAAGAAAAAGAACCGCUCGGAGAAGCCGUAGAAAUGCGAAACUUGCUGGAUAUAUUAUUUUGUAGCCGAAAGUCGAAAAAAAUUAUGUCCUCGUGGUUCACUCACAGUUGAUUUUAUUAUUCGAUCGAUUCAGAUCGAGUUGAAUAAGCAGCUUUUAGCGUGCAUGAUAUGUUUUUGUUUUCUAUUUCGAGUAGGAAAAUUGUAUAUACAUAUAGAGUUCUUGCUGUUUUUACCUUGUAAACGUAAAAGCUAUAGUAAAUUAAGUAAUUUGGUUGCGAGUUUUGUAAUAAGUGAAAUGGAGGAUUCGACUCAAAUAAAGGUAGAAGAGCUGAUAAUAUUCGACACUUUGCCUACGGAAGAGGAAACUCCAUUCGCGAGCAGUGAUCGAUGCUCUGGUGAAACGACUGUAACGGAUGCCUUGAGAGAAGGUUUAAUUGCUGUGAAACAGGAACCUUUAACGGAUACCGAAAUUUCACUUUUUAGCUCCAGCAACGGCAAUACUGACGAUGAUUCAACGAAAAAGUACGUUUGUGAGAUCUGCAACAAGAAAUAUAACCGAAAAGUCAACUUCGAUAAACAUAGAAAAACUCACAGCGGCAAACACUCUUUCACAUGUGAUAUGUGUAAUGAAACAUUCAGCACAGCUGACCGGUUGGAACACCACAAGAGCACUCACACAGGAGAGCGGAAAUUCAAGUGUGAAAUUUGCGACCGACGUUUUUUUGUGAAAGCAAAACUAUUGUUCCACCUUAAAAUACACAGCACGGAUUGCCCGCACAGGUGCACGGUUUGUGAUAAGAAAUUCACAACUGGUUGUCAUCUCGUUGAUCAUAUGCGAUGUCACAGCAAUGAGCGCAACUUUAAGUGCGACAUCUGUGGCUUAUCGUACAAGAGACCUAAAGCUUUACAGAGUCAUAUCCAGAAAAUCCACAGGGUCGAUCCCUCCCUAAGUGAAACAGAAAGUUCACGACUCGAGCUGACUGAUAACACUCCGAGCUACAGCUGCGAUAUAUGCGGCAAACAGUUCAAACACGAGACAUCACUUCGCUUACAUCAGUAUCUUCACCAGAGCACUCUUUCACUUCAGUGCGAAGUUUGCAAACAAGCUUUCCAUUCCACCUAUGCGUUUAAGAGACACUCAAAAACACACGAAAAACAGCUCAGCUGUGACGUAUGUGACAAAACAUUCACAAGAGUUGCCACUUUAAAUCGUCAUAAGGUCCUUCAUGGAGGAGAGUGGAAACAUAAAUGUGAACUUUGUGGUAAAGCAUAUCCCCGCAAGGAAUCUAUAGCGAAACAUCUUGAAAAGCAUACACAUGCCAAAAAGGGAUCAAAGAAUAAGACAUCUCGCUCAGUUUAAUACGUAUUGUUGAAUAGACCAAGUGAAUAAACGAGAGAUAACUGGAAUUUGGAUUUAGUGACUAUCUUCAAAAGAAUCGAUCAAGUGAGUAUAAAGCAAAAAGUCCAUCGCUUUACGUUUCUGUUGAAAGUAAAUUUUUAUUUCUCUUGUCAAAUAAAGAUUGUGAUCCUGGCUACACGCCAGGAGAUUGCUUACAGGUUAAUAUAGUAUCUAAAUCGGUCAUUGACGACACACGCUAAGUCUGAAAAGCCCCAAGCGCAAUCGAUACGAUUGCGUUGCGUUAACGUUAGUUUGACAGAAAAAGUAUGGGAACAAGGGGCAAGAUCGCCAUACGGGGCAGAAUGGGCAUAUGUUGUUUCUAGGUUUCUGGCAGUAAUUUUGGAACUGUUAUAAAUUUGAAUCAUUAACAUUAAUCUGAAGAUGUAAUUUUAUUCGAAAUAACUGGAAAAAACAAAUUCGCUUUUACACAAUAAACAAUUGUAUCAUUCAUGCACGUCUUGCGUAUAAUAUUAUAGCUCACAAGCGCGAAAAAUAAGGGUUUUUGCAUGCGUAUGUGUCGUUUUUGGCUCGAAAGUUUAUUUUCGGUAAUCGUUAUUGAUAUUCAAACAGUUUCAAUAAAUAAUGCAGUGUUUUCAAAUGAAAUAUCAUCUAAAAACAGCUCUUUCUCAUAAGUGUUUCUCAUGGGGCAGAACGGGCACUGCUGGUAGGGGCAAAAUUGUCAUACCUAUGCCCGAAAACAUAACCUACAAACCAGAAAGUGCUGUCAAAAAAGUAAACAUCGUGCUAGCAACAGUUAAUAGUAAAAUGGUUCGGAAUUACAAACGGUUGUCGGGGCGCAAAAAAUGAUCACAGUCAUCAUUGGCCACUGCUAUAGACGCGGUUAUUUCUCAUCGAAUGUCAGUGAACCGAGCGGCUAUUGCACACGGCAUUCCACGGCAAACGUUAAGCCGACAUUUAAGGCUGCGUCGAACAGAUUCGUUUGUUGACAAUCAUUAAAAUAAAGUUACCUAAAUUUAAAUUUUGAAAUGUUUUAUUACUUCUUCAUCCGCACAGUAGUGUUUUAUGGACCAAAAUCUUAUUUUUAUAUGCGGGCAAAUUCAUAGAUAAUUUUCAAAUUGAAAAAGGCUAAAAAAUUAUGCUGUUUCGGAGUAUAAAUAGUGAAACAGGAAAGGAAAACUUUGUUUCGGUACCUACGAUUGUACGUUACAUUGAUACAUUGUUUAAUGUUUGCUUGAAUUCGAAAAAUAUGAACAUGCCCAUUAUGCCCCAUAGGUAUGCCCAAUCUACCCCGUACCGCGACCAGCCUCAUACUUUUUAGUGGCUUAGGAAAUUAUUUAUAAAUAUUAAAGUAACCUUUUUCUUUAGUUUCCAAUGUAGCAACUCUUGAGUUUUAUUCUUACUCUAUGUAGUAAAUAUGUAUUCAGUAGCUUUUUGCUCACUUUGCCCUAACAAUUGUGCGCGUUUAUAAAACCCUUUUUUAUCAAGAAAAAAUGCUAAAACAAGAAUGUUUUGUACACGGAGUAGCUGUGAGAGUGAGAAACGUACAUAUUUAGCGAAUUCAGUUAGAUCAUUAUGAACUAGUAAAAUGAUGGAUUGAAUUUCUAGUAAGGCUGAUUUAUAUAGAAGGCUGUUUUCUGCGAUAUUUGAGUAAAAUAAAGGUUCUCGACUUAAUAACAAUUCAACUGGUUAGAAAUUUUAGCAUCUAGUAUAUUGAUAACCUAAC